AGUAGCACUUACAACUAGAACGGCUGCAUGCGCUGUCAGUAGCCCGUGAAUCCAUCUCACAAAAAUUUUAAUCAAACAAUUUGCGCUAAUGUGAUGGACAAGAAUGGAGGAUUAAAGCAACAGCGUGAAGUUCUUGAUCGGAUGGGACUGGAUAAACAGUCAGUGGUGAUCAUCCACGGCGGCGUUGUAUACGGGAACAAAACGGACAACACCGUUUAAGUUUGGAAAUAAUGCGUGGGAAUGCCAUGAGUGUGUUAUGUACGGUCCCUUCUCGUGCCAACUGGGACAAAUGUUUCAUUUGAAUGUAUUUUGUAUCCCCAAUUGCAUCGCGUCCACAAGCUGUCUGUAUUCAAUGGACUUUGCACAACCGUUGCUCUCGCAGAUUGGAAAAACGUCCAAAGUUGUCCCCAAUUCGACCAUUUUUGGAUUGGAGCAACAGUGCGGAGUUCUUGACCGGAUGGGACUGGAUAAGCAGUCAGUGGCGAUCAUCCACGGCGGCGGUGUGUACGAGGACAAACCGGAAGCUCUGAAGAUCUAGAGGCUGGAAGCUAAUUUUCUUGCCUUGAAACACAACGUGAGGGAGCGGUUAGUCUUGGAAAAUUAUGAAAUGUCUUACAAACUGAAGGAUCUCUUACCGAUAAGUCAGAAGCUGAAAAUUCCCAUUGUUAUCGAUUUCCACCAUGAUGCUAUAAACCCCAGCAUGCUGCCUGUUGAGUCUAAUCUACCGGCCGUUUUUCAGGUAUGGGAUGAGAGAGGCAUCAAGCCGAAAGUUCAUGUGUCGGAAAGUCCACCAGGAACCGACAUGACCAAUGCAUUCGCGCGCCGUAAGCACGGCGACUAUAUAAUGUUUUUGGUCGUUCGUGCUUCUUAGUUUUAUCCUUUUCCCUUGCUGGCUAUAAUCAAUCGUUCAAACUCUGCACGCAGCAAAACAGGUAGCCAACGACCGUAUUGUAUUACUGUACCUACAUUUAUGUAAUUUGUUAGCUGACUUCUUUAUUUACCGGUUGCACUCCGAUCCGUUAGGUAAAAGGUUUAGCAAAACGCUUAUGACCAAAAAUUCGGUCAACUGUACCGGCAUCUAAAUUCAAUUCAGCAUUUCGGAAUCCCAAGUAUUUGCGGCAUUCUUUCAUACCGUCUAGUUCGUUUUCUUGAACCAGGAAGGUUUCGGUAUAAAAUAGUGUUCUUUCGUUUGUACCAUUUUUUUGUUACGCGUCUUUGUCGUCUGAUCCGUAUGCAAACAAGUAUUAUGUGUAAUAUGAAGGGAAAUUGGCAUGAGAAACAUGAUGGUGCGAGCGGUAUAAGACAAGUGAUCUACGGUUUUCUCGAUGCAACAAACGAUUACGUUAACGUAAUCACAGCCAUAGUUUUGGCUCCUACAGCAAAGAUUUCUCGCAACACUCUGCAUCCGUUAGGUGUAAAAAGUAUAUAAGGGUAGACGAACGGUUUUUUAUAUUGCAUCUAGCGUCUGUACGAAGUAUUGCAAUUACCCGUGGAUAAUACAGCUUUAAUUUCCCGGACGACGAUUUCUUAUUAAUCAACCAUGUCUCGUUUACUUUUGGUAUUGUUCGCUGCCGGUAUGCUCCUCUUGGUCAUCCAGGUUGCCGAUGCACAAAUGGGCAUGGGCAUGAACUUCGGAAUGGGCAACUUUAUGGGUAACCGAUUUAACGGCGGCAUGAUGGGCAUGGGUCAGCGACGGCCAAUGAAUUUCGGAAUGAACCGCGGCUUCCGUCCGAUGGGAUUCAACGGGAUGAAUAUGGGCAACAUGGGACUUAUGGGAUAGAACACAGGACUGCGACAGAUUUCUCCCUAUAGCGUAAAUAAUAUGUGAUUGUUCGCGAACAAAAUUUUCCUGUGCCUUUGGCAACCUUUCCAAAAAUUUUUAAAUUUUGAAAGUGAAAUUUAUGUGGACGUUACUGUUCGUAUUGCAUGCCCUGGUGGCUUCCUUGUGAAAUUUGUGGAGUUGUCCAGCUUAUCUGUUGACUGUUUGAAAUGAACCACAUAUAGCAGCAGUUUUGAUGUGCAUGCAACAGCAUGCGCUGCAGCUGGCUGCCUUGGUUCAUAAACACAACAAAACGA